AUGGCUUGGCAUGAAUUCAGUGUGCUGAAUUGGCUCCGAGAGAGUCGGCAGUCCCGGAAAUUAAUCUUGUUGAUUGUCUUCAUUGCUCUGCUCUUGGACAACAUGCUGCUGACUGUAGUGGUGCCAAUAAUACCAAGUUAUUUGUAUAGCAUUAGACACCCCAAAAAUAUAACGGAUGUCCAAACUAUUAGACCAGAGACUCCUUCGGUCAACCCGAACAGAUUGCACAGCAUCUUUUCUUAUUAUGACAAUUCAACUAUAGUUACUGGAAAUAAUUCUGAAAGAGCAAGGCCAGAAGAUGAUUAUCAUGCUCAGACAGAGCAAACGGUGAUCAAUAUAACUACGACAACUCCAUCAGACUGUCCAAAGAAAGACAAAGAAUUGGUGAAUGAAAAUGUAGAAGUUGGUUUGCUUUUUGCUUCCAAAGCAACUGUCCAAUUCCUUACUAACCCUUUUAUAGGACCAAUGACAAACAGGAUAGGUUAUCAGGUCCCCAUGUUUGCUGGCUUCUGCAUCAUGUUUAUUUCAACAAUAAUGUUUGCCUUUUCAGAAAGCUAUAAAUUACUCGUGAUUGCAAGAGCUCUCCAAGGUGUGGGUUCAUCUUGUUCUUCUGUAGCUGGGAUGGGUAUGCUAGCCAGUGUCUAUACCGAUGAUGAAGAAAGAGGCAAUGCAAUGGGGACUGCCUUGGGAGGCUUGGCCUUGGGGGUAUUAGUGGGUCCACCAUUUGGAAGUGUAAUGUAUGAAUUUGUUGGGAAGGCAGCCCCCUUCCUGGUGUUAGCAGCCUUGGCUCUUUUUGAUGGAGCAAUACAAUUGCUAGUUUUACAGCCGUCUAAGAUACAGCCAGAAAGUCAAAAAGGAGCAUCAUUACUGACCCUCUUGAGAGACCCAUACAUUCUUAUUGCUGCAGGAGCAAUAUGUUUUGCAAAUAUGGCAAUUGCUAUGCUGGAACCAGCUUUACCCAUUUGGAUGAUGGAGACAAUGUGCUCAAGCAAAUGGCAACUGGGCGUUGCUUUCAUUCCAGCCAGUAUCUCUUAUCUGAUUGGAACAAAUCUUUUUGGGGGCCUUGCACACAAAAUGGGAAGGUGGCUUUGUGCCCUAAUUGGGAUGAUAAUAGUGGGAAUAAGCGUUUUGUGUGUACCAUUUGCUAAAAACAUAUAUGGACUUAUAGUACCAAAUUUUGGAGUUGGCUUUGCCAUUGGGAUGGUGGAUUCUUCAUUGAUGCCUAUUAUGGGUUACCUUGUUGAUCUGCGCCAUGUUUCCGUCUAUGGGAGCGUUUAUGCAAUUGCAGAUGUUGCAUUUUGCAUGGGUUUUGCUUUAGGUCCAUCUGUUGGUGGUGCUAUUGCAAAGUCAAUUGGAUUUUCAUGGCUCAUGACAAUUAUAGGAAUUAUUGAUAUCCUCUUUGCUCCCCUGUGCAUAUUUCUACGCAGUCCACCUGCCAAGGAAGAAAAGAUGGCAAUACUUAUGGAUCAAAACUGUCAUUUUAAAACCAAAAUGUAUACCCAGAACAGCAUACAGCCACAUCCAUUAGGUGGUGAUGAUGAUGAAGAAUUGGAGAGUGAUGAAUAA